AUGAAAGCAGGAGCAAUAUAUAAAGCAAGCAAGCUCUUAUUCACUUACCAGUGGAAUAAAACUAGAGUACUUAGAGUGAGAACAACAGAUAGAGCUAGCCUGCUCGGUGCUUGUGCUAGCCGUCGAGCUGAGGCACGGGCAUUCUUCGUUUUCGGAGAUUCUCUGGUGGACAAUGGCAACAAUGACUACUUGGCCACCACUGCCCGGGCAGACUCUUACCCUUAUGGCAUAGAUUAUCCAACUCACAGACCCACCGGCCGUUUUUCUAAUGGCCUUAACAUACCAGACAUUAUCAGUGAGCAACUUGGCUCAGAACCCACAUUGCCAUACUUGAGCCCUCAACUCACUGGACAAAACCUACUUGUCGGUGCCAACUUUGCUUCUGCUGGGAUUGGAAUUCUCAACGACACUGGCAUCCAGUUUCUCAAUAUAAUCCGAAUCUACAAGCAAUUGGAAUAUUUCGAGCAAUACCAGACAAGGGUGGCUGCCCUAGUUGGACCUGAACAAACUCAACGACUUGUUAACCAAGCACUUGUUCUUAUUACUCUUGGUGGCAAUGAUUUUGUCAACAACUACUACUUGGUGCCCUUCUCUGCUAGAUCUCGCCAAUUUUCUCUGCCAGACUAUGUUGUGUACCUCAUUUCUGAGUAUCGCAAAGUUCUAGCGAGGCUACAUGAAUUAGGAGCUCGGAGGGUUUUGGUGACAGGAACAGGACCACUAGGGUGUGUUCCUGCAGAGUUGGCUCAGCACAGCAGAGCCGGUGAAUGCUCGGUUGAGCUGGAGCGAGCUGCUUCUUUGUUCAACCCACAACUCGUCCAAAUGAUCAAUGGUCUCAACAGCCAGAUUGGCUCAGAUGUCUUUGUUGCUGCAAAUGCAUAUGAAAUGCACAUGGAUUUUAUCUCUAACCCUCAAGCUUAUGGAUUUGUGACUUCAAAGAUAGCAUGCUGUGGGCAAGGGCCCUACAAUGGGAUUGGGCUAUGCACAAUUGUCUCCAACUUGUGCCCAAACAGAGAUUUGUACGCGUUUUGGGAUGCAUUCCAUCCUUCUGAGAAGGCCAACAGAAUCAUUGCGCAGCAAAUCCUGACAGGGUCCAACAAGUACAUGAACCCAAUGAAUCUCAGUACUAUUUUGGCCUUGGACUCUAGGACCUAG